AAAGACAUCUGUAUUUUUUUUCUCAUCUGGAAUACAAUUUUGCCUGAAGAGAGAGUUAAUUGAAGAUUGCAUUUGAGAUUACACUUUUCCUUUUCAUGCAAAAAUGGACCUUCAGAGGGUUAUAUUAUUUUUAUGCUGGAUGACUCUGUGCAUGGAUACCUGUUUGAGCCAGAAAGACUGCACGGGUGUGGACUGUCCUACUCAGCAUGACUGCAUUGAAACUGUCCUAAAUGAAGGUGCCUGCUGUCCCACCUGUACACGAAAGGGCUGCACCUGUGAAGGUUACCAGUACUACGACUGUGUCCAAGCAGGCUUCCGGAGAGGGAAAGUCCCAGAGGGGGAAUCUUACUUUGUGGAUUUCGGAAGCACCGAAUGCUCCUGUCCGCAGGGAGGGGGGAAGAUAAGCUGCCAUUUUAUCCCAUGUCCUGAAAUUUCCCCCAACUGCAUUGAUAUUUCACAACCUGCAGAUGGAUGUCCUCAGUGUAUACGGAUUGGCUGCACCCAUGGCAACAAGAAGUAUGAGGCAGGACACUCCUUUAACAUAAAUAAAUGCCAGGUUUGCCACUGUCCAAAUGAAGGUGGAAGGUUAAUGUGUUCACCGAUCCCGGGCUGCGACCUUCGCAGUUCUAAUAAGCCUGCACGAGUGACCACCACCGGGAACAACAACCCUUUGAGAGACAUUAACAGUCGUCAUGACAGGCAACAAACGACUCCAGUUGGACCAUUUUCCAAGCUGGUACUGGGAAACACUCUCCCACUGUACAAGCAGGACCCACCCAGUUUUGGCAGAGGAGAUCAUGACUACACUCUGGCAAGACCAACGUCUUCCACUAUCCAAGAUUUGGCUCAACCGCUGGAAUCUACUACAGCACCACCAGCUUACCCAGAGUCAAGCUCCACUUCCUUCGGCUCCCCUGAUUACAGAAGACAGGAGCUAAGAGGUACAUGGAAAAGCCUUCAUCCAGAGAGGAGCAGUGAGGCUGAGGUCACACAUGACAUGGAUCCAACCACUACAGGGGCUCAGAGCGAAACAUCAACGUCGCUAACAACGACAACCACACAGAGAGAGACCACAGAGAACCAACAGGAUGUUAGUGAAAGGACCAUAAGGCAUAAUGGUGACAGGCGCAAAGCUGCUCCAAACAAUCUAAAAGACACAGCUUACACUGCCCGUACAAACAAGGGGGCCAGACACUCCGGCAAUCACAAACAUAGGAGUCACACAGGAGGUCAUGGAGGCACUCAUGCUACUGGCCUUAAGGAGCAAGAAAAAGUGACAUUGGAACAGAGGCAGUCGCCGAGUGCAGAGGAGAAAGGAACAUACCCGACAAUACAGUUCAGUCCCACCAGCAGAGCUCCAGUCAGGAUGAAGGAGGAUAGGGAGCAGCCUCAAAGACAACCUCAAACCCUCCACAACUACCACUCCCGAGAGGCAGAGGAAGACACUGAAUUGUCUGCUGAGGAGCUAGUGACGUCCUGCUGUGAGACAGGAGAGAAAUGGGCUUCAGCUAAUGGUCACUGCAACAACAUGGAGCCACCCACAAGAGAUAGGCUCUUCAUCUGCUGGACUGCCCAACAACAGUGCUGCCUCGGGUCCCUGAGAGAAAGUCGGUGUUUGACCGGAAUAAAUGAAGCCAGAGCGGGAAACACGUGUCGCGAUGCCAACGAUAAAUGUGGGAUUGAUUCCUUGCAGGAGUGCUGUGACUGCUGCUCUCUGGGGCUGCAGUUCCGCAGAGAGGGGCACAACUGUGAAGCCCACCAGUACAUGGGCUUCCACUGCAGACACGUCUUUCUAACCUGCUGCGAGGGGGAGGGGAGCAGGGCUGGGAGUCAAGAUGGUUGGCACACUGUUAGAGAGAGGACCGCUGUCAACCCCACUGCGCCGCCAAAAAAAGUAUCUGACAGUCCCUACCCUAAAGAGGCAUUCUCCAUCGGUGGGGAGCAGGACGGGGAGAAUGCGGUGGAGGUGGAGGACAUGGACGAGUGCCUGAUAUAUGAGGGCAACAUCUGCCACCAGAGAUGUAUCAACACGCCAGGCUCUUUCCGGUGCGAGUGCUUCCCUGGAUACGUGUUGCAGGAGGAUGCUUUCACUUGUGCCCAAGAGACGACGGACGAGGACAACAGACUCAAGGAGGACGACAGAGCGGCAGUGGGACCCACUUCAACGCCUCCGCCUUCCACCCAGCCUCCUGUCCCACUCAACCCCUGUGAAGGCAACAACCCAUGUGAGCAACACUGCACCUCAGUGGGGAGAAGGCCACAGUGCUCCUGUUACCCAGGAUUCUCCCUGAUGGCUGACGGACACUCCUGUGAGGAUAUAAACGAGUGUUUGUCUGCACAUGCCUGCCAGUUGAAUGAGCGCUGUGUGAACAGUGCCGGGAGUUACAUCUGUCAGAGACUGAUCACCUGUCCCACCGGACACCAGAUCAACAACGACAUCUGUGAAGACAUCAAUGAGUGCGUGCAACAGAGCCAUAACUGUGGACCUGGCUUUGAGUGUGUGAAUACCGAGGGUGCGUUCAGGUGCAACCCUAAACCUCAGUGUCCUGUGGGUUUUAACCGAGACACGCAGGGAAUCUGUAAGGACAUUGAUGAGUGUGGCGCUUUGGCCCAGGCGUGCAGUCUGGGGUUUAACUGCAUCAACACGGUGGGAUCGUUCAUGUGCCAAAGGAAGAUCAUAUGCAGCCGUGGCUAUCAUGCCAGUCCUGAUGGAUCCAGAUGUAUUGACGUGGACGAGUGUCAGAGCAGUCUGCAUCGCUGUGGAGAGGGCCAGCUGUGCCACAAUCUGCCUGGUUCCUAUCGUUGUGAAUGUCAGACUGGCUAUCAGUACGAUUCAUUCAGGAGGAUGUGUGUAGAUGUGAACGAGUGCUGGCGCUACCCAGGCCGCCUGUGUGCCCAGACCUGCGAGAACACCCCAGGCUCAUAUGAAUGCACUUGUACCACUGGUUUCCGCUUAUCCGGGGAUGGCAAGAACUGCGAAGACGUGGAUGAAUGCUUGGCCAGCCCAUGCAGUCAGGAGUGUGCCAACAUGUACGGUUCCUACCAGUGCUACUGCCGACAGGGCUACUACCUGAGGGAGGAUGGGCACACCUGUGAGGACAUCGACGAGUGUUCCCAGAGCAUCGGCCAUCUUUGCACCUAUAAGUGUGUGAAUGUCCCCGGCAGCUACCAGUGUGCAUGUCCUGAAUAUGGAUAUACAAUGUCUCCAAAUGGACGCUCUUGCAGAGAUGUUGACGAGUGCACCACGGGGGCCCAUAACUGCUCUCUAGCUGAGACCUGCUACAACAUCCAAGGAGGGUACCGCUGCCUUUCCCUCGACUGUCCUCCAAACUACCGCAAAGUGUCCGACACUCGCUGUGAGCGGAUCAGCUGUCCAGACCACAUGGAAUGUCAAAACUCUCCUCUGAGAAUCACCUACUACUACCUCAGCUUUCAGUCCAACAUCGUCAUCCCUGCACAGAUAUUCCGUAUUGGGCCUUCCCCCGCCUACUCAGGAGACAACGUCAUCGUCAGCAUCACGCAGGGAAACGAGGAGAACUACUUCAGCACCAGGAAGCUGAACACCUACACGGGCGCCGUUUACCUGCAUCGACAGGUUGAGGGUUCGAGGGAUUUCUUAAUCAAUGUGGAGAUGAAGCUUUGGAGACAGGGGACGUUUACCACGUUCCAGGCCAGGAUCUACGUCUUCAUCACAGCCAGCUCACUCUAACAGUUAAGAGAUGGACCUUUAUCCAGUGGAUGAGGAUUUUUGAUGUCACUAUUUAACUGUGUCAUAAAGUAUACCACUGUCUGCAAGGAUCUGUUUGAGUUGUUCAUUUUGCUCGAGUUCUGUUUUAAGUCCAUAUAGAAACACAACAGUAUGAGUGGUGGAAUAUUCAGAAGGAACCUGUUUUCAAUGCAAUUUCAUGAAAACUCUACGAUGUCAAACUUAAUAUACAUGUUUCAUCUCUGACUUGAAUUACUAAUGUAUGUAUCAUUCAUUUCAUUGCUGCAAAAAAUGGAAAAGCAAGAAGAAGAAGAUCCGUCUUUUCAAAAACUCUUUAAAAUCUGAAUCCAAAGUAUUGUCUUUGGAGAUACAAAGAUAUUUAUUAUGCCUCCAGAAUGAACAAUUUACCAUUGUUAUGUUUUCUAAGAAGAUGUGAGUGAAGCAUAAAGAUAGCCUGUAGCUUCUGCCCAGAUUUUCUUUUCUCACUGAGGGCCUUGUAUCCCACUCCUCUCCUAAUAUCAUCCUGUUAUCAGGUGAUAUGUAAUUUGAUCUCACUGUGGUGAAAGCAGAAGAAAAUGCUAUGUGGGACUCUCAAUUAUGGUGCCGGAACAACUUUGUUUCCUUUCCUCUAUACUCUGCUGCUGGUCUUUUUUAGUCUAUGAAGUAUUUUGUAUUAUGUAAUUAUAUACAGUAUUACUCUAUAUGGGGUAUUUUUUUGUAUCAGAUAUGUUAUGGAUGGAUGUAUCAUAUUCUUUAUACUAGACUCCUAUGCUUUAAAAUAUUUUAGUAAAAUAUUUUUUAAAAUCCCAA